AAAAGAAAACGCAAACUAAAAAUAUGUUUCUUUUAUUGAAAUUCACAUUAAUAAUUUUAAUAAAUAAAACGUACGCGUAUAUCACACAAGAUAGUGAAAUAAUAUUGCUGCCGGCAUGGAACCCGACAGGAGCAAAAGAGAUACCAUUGACAUUAAAAGUUUUCGGGAAAUUAAUGCAACUAAACCUGCGUAGAAACGACCAGAUUGUAUCGCCUGCGUUUAAAGCAAGGAAAUAUAACGCAAAAAUUAUCACAGAAAAGCUAUCGCAAUUAAAAGCAUCAGAUCCUUGCUUCUUUCUUCACGAGAAUCAUGUCAGCUCUGUGGCCAUCAACUUUUGCCAAGAACAUGGAUUGAAAGGACUCAUUUUUGUGGAAAAUGACAUAAUAGAGAUUUGGUCUUUGCGGAACGUGUUAGCAUCUCUGUCCUUCAUCGACGACGUUUGCGUUAGAGAACAAAUCAAUCAAUCAUUCGGCAAACCUCACCUUAUUAAAAGAAUAGUCCAAUAUUAUAGCCAUUCAAAUUUUUAUCCUUUGGACAAUCUUCAACGAAAGCCACGUUAUGUAGAAAAUAAAAAGAUGGGUGAUGAAUAUAUCAUAGAACUGGCUGUUUUCGUUGACACAGAUGCAUAUCUCAAGUUAAUGUCUUAUCUAGACAACGAUAUCGAAAAGAUACGCAAUAUGAUUGAAUUAAAAUAUGUGAAAAAAAUUCAGAAUUUUUUUCACCAUCAGAGUUUGGGUGUCCGUAUCGGCAUUUCUGUAGUAAAUGUAACGAUUUUCGAAACAAAAUCGUCAAAUUUUCCAGUUUUUGACGGCGAAGCUGAAUCAAUGCUCAAACUUUUCUGCAGUUACCAGAAAACUCUCAAUCCUCCAGACGACGAUGAUCCGCGUCACUGGGACAUUGCUCUUUACAUAACCGGAAUAAACAUUUUUGUAACUAGAGCAUUGGUUUCAACUUCAUAUAAUGAUUAUUCAGCUACGGGAAUAUCCUUAAUCGGUGGCGCAUGCAAAGCGCAUAAGUCAUGCGCGAUAGUAGAAUUUUCUUCAGGUGACUUCGAUUCUUCAAUAAAAAAAUCAACUGUUUACGCUGCUCAUGAAAUCGGUCAUCUUUUAGGAUUGCAUCACGAUUUGGACAAAACUGAUACAUAUAUAAUGUCACCUGCGCCACAACGUUUUAGCGAGUUAAAAUGGUUCGUGUAUAGUCAGAACACAAUAAAAUCAUCGUUGAAAAGAAAAUCGUGUCUUCGAGAAAUCGAUGAUAGUAUCUAUGUCGAUGGCUAUGAUGAUUGGUGGACAUCUGACAUUUUUGAUAAUCCGCUAUAUCACGGUUUACCCGGAAGAAAAUGGACUGCCAAAGCACAAUGCGAACAAUUUUUGCGCGACGAAAAUGCGAACGUGGUCACGUUGCAUGAUAUAUGUCAAAAUUUACAAUGCGAGACGCCUCACAAAAAUGGAUCUUAUUUCACUGUUCCCGCGUUAAAUGGAACUUAUUGCGCACUCGGAAAAGAAUGUCGUGGCGGAAAAUGCGCGCCCAUUUUAGAACCGCCAUACAAUUUUAAGAUUUGUAAUAAGGAUAAUUGGAGUGAGUGGGUGGAAGACUCCUGUAAAAGCAGUUGCUUGCAGAAAUCAAAAGGCGUACUAGCCAAACGACGUUUUUGCAAACAUCGGUUGCACAAAACACCGAAUUGCAUGGGAUCAUAUUACGACGUGGUUCUGUGUGAUGAUUCUUUACUUUGUACUAGGAAACACAAAACGGUCGUCUAUUUUGCUUUUAAGAAAUGCUUAAAAUACAUCAAGUUGGCCAACGACACUAAUUUAUCGAUAACAAAACCAGGGAAACAAUAUUCUCAUAAUGCCGAGAAAUCGUGGAUAGCAUGUACUGUAUACUGUGCACACAAAGAAUCAUCUGAUUAUUACACACCACGCCAAGAAAUGCUCAACCUUCGUGUCGAUCCAUAUUUUCCAGAUGGAACGUGGUGUCACGAAGAAAAUGGUCAAAAUUAUUACUGCCGCCAGCAUCACUGUCUGCCGGAAAGCUACUCGCAAGAAUAGUUGUCGAAAGAUUAUCUACAUGUGUGAAUGAAAAGUAGGAGUCCUUCUUUUGUUGAUGCGUGAAAGUUGUAAGCAGACUCUUUUAAUCAAAUAAUAGCAGAUUAUUCACUGUUCGUAAUGUCAGUUUGUAAUACAAAAAAAAGCAUUGAAAUUGUGAAACUUUAA